AUGAUCACCGGUGACCAGCUCGCCAUCGGCAAAGAGACUGGUCGUAGACUUGGAAUGGGGACCAAUAUGUAUCCUUCUUCUGCCUUAGUUGGCCAGUGUCAUGAUGAGUCUCUUGCUAACAUUCUUAUUGAUGAUCUUAUUGAGAAAGCUGACGGAUUUGCAGGAGUCUUCCCUGAGCAUAAGUAUGAGAUUGUUAAAAGACUCCAAGAAAGGAACCACAUAUGUGAUAUGACCGAAGACGGAGUGAACGAUGCCCCAGCGCUUAAGAAGGCAGAUAUCGGUAUCGCAGUGGCUGAUUCAACCGAUGCGGCCAGGAGCGCCUCAGACAUAGUGUUGACCGAGCCAAGGUUGAGUGUGAUAGUGAGCGCAGUGUUGACGAGCAGAUCAAUCUUCCAAAGGAUGAAGAACUACACCAUCUACGUCGUUUCCAUCACGAUCCGUAUCGUGUUGGGAUUCAUGCUAGUAGCACUCAUUUGGAAGUUCGAUUUCUCGCCGUUCAUGGUGUUGAUCAUCGCCAUCCUCAAUGAUGGAACCAUCAUGACCAUCUCAAAGGAUAGGGUGAAGCCAUCUCCGAAGCCAGACUCGUGGAAGCUGGACGAAAUAUUUGCCACCGGGAUUAUCCUUGGAACAUACAUGGCUAUUGUGACCGUCUUCUUUUUCUGGCUUGUUCAUGACACCGAUUUCUUCACCAAUACUUUUGGUGUGAAGCCAAUAAAGGAUAGUCUGGCAGCACUUACUUCAGCUCUAUACCUUCAAGUCAGUUCCGUCAGUCAAGCACUCAUCUUCGUCACACGGUCCAGAAGCUGGUCCUUCGUCGAGUUCCCUUGUCUCUUGCUUAUCAUCGCCUUCAUCUUAACAAAAUUGGUGGCGACUUUGAUUACCGUGUACGCAAACUGGGGAUUCGCCAGAAUGCAAGGCAUUGGAUGGGAAUGGGCGGGAGCAAUCUGGGUGUUCACCCUAGUCACCUACAUCCCUCUUAAUAUCCUCAAGUUCAUCAUCCGUUACGCUUUGACCGGUGAUGCCUGGGGAAACGCAGUUCAGAGCAAGACCGCAUUCAGGGGAGAGAGCAAGACACUACUAGUGGCACCAAAUCAACAUGCGCAUCAAGGCGUUUCAGCACCGCCUGAGACCUAUUCCAGUGACAAGAUUGUGCAAAUGGUUUAA